AUGGCAUCACUCUUCCGUAAACUGUUCUGCUUUGGCAGAUCCUUUAGCGCACAGUUGAACAUCAGUGAUAACAUACUGAUUUUAAGGGACAGAGAUACGAGACUAUGUUUUGCAGUGCAGUGUUUCAGGGAGCCUUACGGUGUUUAUGUAACUGUGAACUGCAUUGCACCAGCUGCUCCACAAGUAGGAAAGUUCUCAUAUCAUCUCUCUUACACUGUGGAUGGACACACUACUUACGAAUCACCGGAAGUGAUGAGGGUUCUUGAAGUGAGUUUCCAAACCCCUCAAGACAAUUUCAUGUUGAUCCCUCACAAUUAA